ACACCAAUUGAGUCAUUCAACGGGCGGUCGACUCGUGUGUUGCAGUCAAUCGUUUCAAUCGGAAAAAUCGUACGCUCAGCACCAGAUGAAUACACAUCCCGAUGCCUUUCCGGACAUACCAUGGAUUGAGUGCUCGCAUACGGGCUGUCAGUUUAGGACUAAAAGCAAUAGACAUAAAGUGUUCUCCGAGAACGUGACCUAUAGUUGUGAUUACGAGGGUUGCGAUUAUAAGACACUAUACAGACGUUGUUUGACUGGACACCAAAAGACUCAUCUGGUUAUGAAAGCGACUGUAAACGUCCCGUGCGAGUGGCCUAACUGUCCAAAGGUGUUAAGAAGUGCACAGUAUAUGAGAGUGCAUAUGAAUACACACACGGCUUAUAAUGGCUACCGGUGCCAUUAUCCCGGGUGUGGAAAGCCGUUUUGGUCUAAUAAAUCGAUGCGAAUUCAUUUUAAAACACACCAUACGGGGAACUACAGGCGCCAGACUACCGGAACUCAUGAUAGGAUUACAGAUAACACAAGUGCUGGAAGUAGUGCUCAAGAAGUGAAGAAUAGCCAAGAAUUCAAGUGUUUGGUGAAUGAAUGCAACAAAUUUUUCAAAACAUAUAGCGGUUUGAAUGAAGACAACAACAGAUUACAUGCCAUUCCUCAGCAACAGACGAGUGUCAGGAAUGGGCGGAGAGGACAGGAAGUUGAGAAGAUUGGUCUCCAGACCGACAUAAGGCCAGACAUUAAACACCAAACAGAUAUUGACUUAAGCCAUGGACUUAAUAACAGAUUUGAAGAUCUUUCAAUGAAUUAUCAAACUAGUGAUGAAUCCGUGGAUCAGUUGAUGAUCAAUAAUGAAGACAAUGGACACGUCAUUGAAAGUAUUGAACAAAUCACUGAAGCAGUUAACGAAGUGCAAGGGUCUGGAACUGAUGAGACAAUUAGCAAACGUGUGAAUAAAUAUAGAUCAGCCCUGAGAUCUAGUGCACAUACACGUGGUUAUCAGGGAAAUGCAUUCAGUUUAAGACUCCGGAAGAAUAAUAAGACAAACACUGAUAGAAGUGAAGACAGUGUAAGCAAUGAACAUAAAUCUAAUGAAGAAAAUAGUGAACAACUCACUGAAGAUAAUAAUGUGAAACCACAAGAGUCCACGAGUGAUGAGAUAAUUAGAACGCCUUUCAAUAAAUACAGAUCAGCGCUAAGACCUCGUGGACAGGGAUGUGGUUAUCAGAGAAACAUAAAUAGUUUAAUAUUCAGUGUGAAUAAUAAGACAAUUACUGUUAGACGUGAAGGAAGUGUAAGCAAUGGACACAAAACUAUUCGUGAAAAUCAUGAAAAGAGUGAACAAAUGACUGAAGAAAAUAAUGGCAAAACACAAGAGCCCGGAACCGAUGCGACACUUAUAAAUGCCUCGCCAGAGAACCCAAGGAGACCGGGGAGAGGGAGACCCAGGAAAGCCAUUCAGACUAAUAUCAAUAGAAGUGUGAGUGAAGUUGAAAGCAAUGUCAAAGACAUCACUGAAACAACUUGUGGUUUGAGUGAUAAUCAGAGGGAUAACAUCGAAUCCAAUGAUAAGAUAAUGGAUGCCAUGAGCUCUUUGAAAGGACUUUUAACCAGUGAUGAUAAGACACGAGACAAACAGAUUGUCACCGAUUCUAACGUAUCUGAUGAGCGAUCUAACCCUAUAGUGAAUGCAAGUGAACCCACUGUUGGCAAUAAGAGUACCGAUUCUCAUACCAGUGCCGCUCCCACCUCGUACACAUACAUAUCACAGUCUCCCAAAUCAUUAUCUCAGAGACUAGCCAUUUGUGAGCCUAGACUGGGAUGUACUUACUCGACACGACUUUAUAGAGACUUAAUUGGACACCAAUUGAGUCAUAGAGUUGUCAAUCCUUUCAAAUGCACAGUCAAUGACUGCACGAAAUCGUUUCCAUCAAAAUCUCAUUUAACUUUACAUGAGUUGGCAGUACAUCCCGACGCUCUUCCAGACAUACCGUGGAUGGUGUGCACGCAUACGGGCUGUCAGUAUAGGACUAAAUGCAAGGAAAACAUGAAUAUUCACACGACAAUACACACUACCGUUUAUAACCGCGUUAUUUACACUAAUGACAGUGUAUUAGGCAAAUCCAAGUACGGGUGCGUUAGCCAGGAAUGCAAGGAUACGACCAAAUUUAAGCUAACACAACAUCCCGACGCCUUUCCGGACAUACCGUGGCGAGAGUGUUCUCAUACUGGCUGUCAAUAUAGGACUAAAUACAAUAUAAGUACUCAUGAGAUGGAGCAUACCGGUGCUGAUAAAGGUGAUGCCAAAUUACCUUUAGUGAGCAAACGUGAGGUCGCUGUUAAAGUUAGAAAAUCCCGGCGCGAUAACCAGAAAUGCAUGGAUACGACCAAAUUUAUGGCUAACUCUGAUGAACCACAUAUUAACCAUACGACUAGCGAUUCACCUACCAGUGCAACCACUAUUACUACAUUGUCUCAACCGUUGACUAAAUGUCCCAUCAAUGGUCAGCAAUACCGGUGCGAUAGAUAUGCAUGUGAUUACAGGACAGGUGAUAAACAACUACUAAAUAAUCACCAAUUGAUUCAUCCGAAGAACUGUCAUUUCAAUUUAACUGCACAUCAACUGGCCCUACAUCCCGACGCCUUACCUCACAUACCAUGGAUGGAGUGCUCGCAUAAGGGUUGUCAGUAUAGGACUAAAUACAAGGCAUAUAUUAAUAAACAUGAGAAGAAACAUACCGGUGCUGAUAAAGGCGGUGCCAUGUUAUUGAACAAACGUAAUAAGUUGCAUGUUAACGUUAGAAAAUACCGGUGCGAUAGCCAGGGAUGCAAAUACACGACUUAUUUUAUGCGUAACUUAGAUGACCACCAAUCGAGUCAUGCAAUGGACACUGAAUUCAGGUGUGAUAUCAAUGAAUGCGAUCUCAUAUAUGGAUCGGAAUUGGCGUUAACUCGUCAUAAACUGAGACGACAUCCCGACGCCUGUCCGGACAUACAGUGGAUGAUGUGCUCGCGUAUCGACUGUAAGUAUAGAACUAAGUGCGAGACCGAUAUGAAUGGCCAUCGGAGGGGCCACGCUAUUGUUGAUGACACCAUUGACCCUGAAUUGAGCCACCGGUGCGAUUACGAGGGAUGCGACUUCGAGACAAUGUUCAAACACGACUUAUCCGGGCACAGGAUGUCUCAUAGGAACAACACACUCGAGCGUAAUGUUGCAAAAUUCCGGUGCGAGUGGGCUCACUGUCGCAAAGUGUUCACCAGGAGGUUGGCGCUGAAAAAACAUAUGAAUACACACCUGAGCGAUGAUGUUGGCUAUCGGUGCCCAUACCCCAGGUGUGGGAAAACGUUUUUAAAGAAGCCUAUAAUGAAGUUUCAUUUGAAAUGUCAUAAACCGGUGCAUAAAAGGCAGCGAUACAAGUGUUUCGUGAUGGGAUGCGACCAGAAGUUUGCAGUUUAUGCCGAUCUUCGCGAACAUCGCAAGAGAUUACACGCCAUUCCUCUGGAGUCGAGUGAGAAGAAUGAGUGGGAAGUGGAGAAGAUAUUGGAGUCGCGUACGGACGGCGAGGGAAAAGUGGAGUAUUUGGUGAAAUGGCGCGACUGUCCCCAUGAGGACAACACGUGGGAACCCAUUGAGAGCUUCUUAAAGAGCUCUCGUCAUUUGAUACGUGAGUUUGAGGGCAACCGCCCGACUCUGACCACCGGUGCGGAUGUGAAUAGACGUCAGACACGUAGCGCGACAGACAUGUCAUGGAUUGUCUGCUCGCAUACCGGCUGUCAGUAUAGGACUAAAGAUAAGACUGAUUUAGAAAAUCACGAAAAAACACAUGACUUAAUGGAUGUAUGCGUUGAUGAAAGUGAUGCCAAUAAUACAAAUGAUUGUAAGCCUAUAAACAUCAAGAAUGAAGCGUUAAGUGAUGUGAUUAGUAAUCAAACAGACAGUGGAUUAAGCCAUGAGUUUGAUGUGAAAACUAAAGUGACUGUGAAACAAGAACCCAUCGAUAAGACAAAUAACGAAUUGAACACUAAUUGCAAUAAUAAUGACACGAAUCUCACGGAAACUAAACCGAAAACAGAGUGCAAAAGAAGCUUACGAUUGAAAACUGAAGCCCAAAGAAAAGCCAAACGCGAG